GCCAACAGGCCCAUUUGACACCACCUGAGUCGUCCCUCCUACCCAUCUCGACGAUGCGAUUUACACCCGACGUUUCUCCCCCCCAUGGCUGACGUAGACAAGAAGACGGAUGGCCCCGAGCCAUAUUCCUCGACGGGCUUCGACUUCACCCUGUUGCCCGACUACGCGAACGACUUUGUCGAAGAAGACCAUUUUAUCGAAUUCGAAAAAGCUCUCGCUGCGCCCGAGAACUCUCCCUCGACCGAAGACCUCACCGCCCUGCCGCCCGAUCGAACCUUCAUCUCCGCCCAAAAUGACUGGCGACCCGUCCACCAGCGCGUCAAGCGGCGCAAGAAGAGCAAGGCGCCCCCGCGACGCGGCAAGGACGAGACGCGUGAAGGCUUCGUCUAUGUGCUGCUCAAGUGGCCACUGCUCUUGGUAGUGCUGGGGUGGCUGUUCUUCCUCAGCAUAGCCUACGUCUUUACUCGCCUGUACAUAUACCUCUAUGAACACUGGAUCACAUGGCGAGGCACACGUCAAAGACUGAGGCAGCGGCUGCAGGAUGCGCGAUCCUACGAAGAGUGGAUCGAAGGCGCAAAGGAGCUCGACGCAUACCUGGGCAACGAAUCGUGGAAGGAAAAGGCUGACUAUGCCUACUACGACAGCAAGACGAUUGCAAGAGUACACCAGCAGAUGGUCAAACUGCGGGAAAAGGCCGAAGCAGAAGAGAAGAUCGGAUCAGGGACAAAAGCCCCCAAAGGCCAACACACGGCUGUCGAGGAUCUUCGUGCACUGCUAGAAGCCUCCAUGAAGAACAACUUCGUAGGCUUCGAGAACCCCCGACUGUACAGCGAGACGUACUACGGAACCAAAGACCUCGUCCAGAAAUUCGUCGACGAAGCCGAGACCUCGCUUACUUUCCUACUGCAAACGACACAGCUCGAUGCAGAGAACAAGCGCGCCCUGUUCAAACACCUCGGCAGUAACUUCGGUCGCACUGCGCUAUGUCUGUCUGGAGGAGCGACAUUUGCAUACUACCACUUCGGUGUGGCCAAGGCUCUGAUGGAUGCCGAAUUGCUGCCAGAAGUCAUCACUGGUACAUCUGGUGGAGCUCUCGUCGCUGCACUGCUAUGCACGAGGACCGACGACGAACUCAAGAAACUGCUUGUACCCGCUCUGGCCCAUCGCAUCACGGCUUGUCACGAAGGCAUUCUCACUUGGUCAAAGAGAUGGUACAAAACUGGAGCGAGAUUUGACAGCGUCGAUUGGGCCAAAAAAUGCGCGUGGAUGACUCGUGGCAGUCUGACGUUCAAGGAAGCAUAUCAGAGGACUGGACGUAUACUGAAUGUCUCUUGCGUGCCCUCCGACCCCCACUCUCCGACCAUCUUAGCCAACUACAUCACGGCUCCGGACUGUGUUGUCUGGUCAGCAGUUUUGGCAUCUGCUGCCGUCCCUGGAAUUCUCAACCCAGUGGUCCUCAUGAAAAAGAACAAGGAUGGCAGUCUUUCACCCUACUCUUUUGGACACAAGUGGAAGGAUGGGAGUCUCCGGACGGACAUUCCAUUGAAAGCGCUGAACCUCCACUUCAACGUCCGAUUUUCAAUCGUCAGCCAGGUCAACCCCCAUAUCAACAUCUUCUUCUUCUCAUCCCGUGGCUCGGUUGGUCGACCUGUCACCCAUCGCCGUGGACGCGGAUGGAGAGGCGGUUUCCUUGGUUCCGCCACAGAGCAGUACCUCAAGCUCGAUCUUAACAAAUGGCUAAAGGUGCUUCGCCAUCUUGAGCUUCUACCGCGACCACUAGGCCAGGACUGGAGUGAACUCUGGCUACAACGCUUCAGUGGGACCAUUACAAUCUGGCCCAAGUCCAUACCUUCAGACUUUAUGUAUAUCCUCUCGGAUCCAACCCCAGAGCGGCUGGCACGCAUGAUACACGUUGGACAACAAUCGGCUUUCCCCAAGCUGAAGUUUAUCGCGAAUCGUGCCAAGUUGGAAUAUGCCAUUCAGGAAGGGAGGCGGAGAUUCAGACCCCGCGGCGCACGCGAUGACGAUAUUGUCAACGCUCUUAGUGAAGAGGACCUUCGUAGCUUGCUCAAGCGCACAAGGAGCGAUGGCCCUGACGAUGGGGCUCCAUACCCAGCUACAGAGUCAGAGUCCUCCUCCACUGCAGGACCAUCGCGGCCAAGCUCGCCCGUGAACCUCCCUCUCGGCCUUACAUUCGCUCGUAAGAAGAAGAAUGCGCCAGCUGAUCUAGCGAGCACUGCUGAGAAGCCAGACGCCCCCGACAGCCCAUCGUUGGGAAAACGAUUGAGCGGAUGGUGGUCCGCUAUGUCGCCCCAAGCCACAACACACUCUACAGCCCUCAAGCCUCGUCCCCGUGAUUCGCCAUUUAGUCACGAUCGUCCUAAUUCAAUGUUCGAGUUCCGACCAAGCGGCGACAUCAUAGACGUCCCUACAGGAAGAAAGCAGAGUAGGGUUUUCGACGACUCGGACGGUGCCGAGGAAAGUCAAGAUGUAUCAAGGCGCAGACAGCAGCACAAAGGAGGCAUGUUUGGCGACACCGAUGCUAGUAUGAAAGACACUGAGGAUCAUGGCGAGGCAGCAGAUUUCGGUGACGACGAGGAAGACCGAGACGAAGUGCAAAAUGUUGGAGUGGGUCUUGGUCUUGAGGGGCAGGGUUUAUAGAUUGCCUUCCUUCACCUAAAAUCUAAAUUAGAAUGUAAAGAUAUUAAUGGCAAAGUUAUUCAUCUCCAGCUUAUAGCACACUUCUGGUAAGGCUGCGAAGGCUGUAUAGAACGCAAACAAUGUGUAUGGAGGAAUUUUUUGAAAUGGUCAACCAUCUAGCCUCAG